GAAGUCUCUCUGUUUGGCUGGCGUGCUACGGAAGACAACUGAACACUACCAGUACCGAGUGAUAUGUUAAACCUCCAACUGUAACAUACCGAACAGUCUUUCUCUGAAAAUAUUUUACAGUCCGUCGGCACUUGCUCUAGCCUGGUUUAGAGAGACUUUAAGCCGCGGCGCUCACGUUUUCGGCAGAAUAAAUAUCGGAUAAAGAAAGCAAAAAUAACGGACACGGUUUGGGUGAAAUGUAUGGUUAGUAUUACUGUCUUUUGAGGAGGGUGUGCGCUGUAGUUUCUCCUCAAGAGGCGAGGAAUGCUAUCUGAGCAUCGAUGUUUCACUGGGGCAAGUGGAAGAAGAGGAUGGGAGCCAAUAGUUCUUCAAAGAGACCAGUUUUCGAUGAAAAGGAAGAUGUAAACUUUGACCACUUCCAGAUAUUGCGGGCCAUUGGCAAAGGGAGCUUUGGAAAGGUAUGCAUUGUGCAAAAGAGGGACACCGAGAAGAUGUACGCCAUGAAGUACAUGAACAAACAGCAGUGCAUAGAGAGAGAUGAGGUCCGAAACGUCUUUAGAGAGCUUGAGAUCCUACAGGAAAUUGAACAUGUUUUUUUAGUAAAUCUCUGGUACUCAUUCCAGGAUGAGGAGGACAUGUUUAUGGUGGUGGACCUCCUGCUGGGAGGAGAUCUGCGCUACCACCUGCAGCAGAGCGUCCAGUUCAGCGAGGACGCGGUCAAACUCUACCUUUGUGAGAUGACACUGGCGCUGGACUACCUGCAGAACCAGCACAUCAUCCAUAGAGAUGUCAAGCCAGACAAUAUCCUGUUGGAUGAGCAAGGUCACGCCCACCUGACGGACUUCAACAUAGCAACGAUAAUAAAGGAUGGAGAAAGAGCCACAGCCUUAGCUGGAACCAAGCCCUACAUGGCCCCAGAGAUCUUCCAGUCCUUUGUAAGUGGAGGGACUGGCUACGCCUAUGAAGUAGACUGGUGGUCACUAGGGGUGACAAUCUUCGAAGUGCUGCGUGGAUGGAGGCCCUAUGACAUCCAUGCCAGUAACUCUGUGGAGUCCCUGAUGCAGCUCUUCAGUACAGUCAGUGUCCAGUACAGCCCGGCCUGGCCCAAGGACCUGGUUUCCCUCUUAAGGAAGCUACUGACAGUGAAUCCAGAGCAUCGUUUCUCCAGCCUGUCUGACAUGCAGACAUCUCCCUACCUCGCUGACGUCAACUGGGACGCCGUGUACGGGAAGAAGAUGGAGGCUGGAUUUGUUCCUAAUAAAGGGCGGCUCCACUGCGACCCCACCUUUGAGCUGGAAGAGAUGAUCCUGGAGUCACGUCCCCUUCACAAGAAGAAGAAGAGGCUGGCCAAGAAUCGGUCUCGGGACAACAGCAAGGAUUCACAGUCUGAGAAUGACUACCUACAGGAGUGCCUUGACGUGGUGCAACAAGAGUUCAUGAUCUUCAACCGUGAGAAGUUGAAAAGGCGUCCGGAGGAGGGUCAGUCAGAGGAGGCCGGCGGCGAUGAUGCCAGUGGAGACGGGGACGGAGAGGCCGGGGACGGAGAGGCUGAAGGCGGGGCCACCGACGACGAUGCACCAGAGCCAGAACCAGAUCCGGAGCCGGAGCCUGAGUCCUCCUCCAAACGGAGCAUGUGCGGCUCGGUCUGCUCCUCCCCUGGCAGCUGCUAGCGCCACAUCGCCUGACAGUGACGAUCGCAGGUCUCUCUGGCUGCUGCAGUGUUUGUGCCAUGCCAAUAAAUACACCCUCACUUCUCUCCUCUGUUGUAGCCAGGAGCAGAGGAAACGCACAGACUGACGCAGAGCAGGACCCAAAAUGGCUCCCACCAUUUCCCCUCCUUUUUUCCUUCUGUAGCAUUCUUCCGGUAGGGCAUGAAUGAAGCAGAUUUCCAGACAGUCCCCGCCUACUGUACCCAUCUGCCCUAGAGUAAGAUCUAACUUCUAUGCAAUGUUACAGUAUAGCAUGACUAUAUAAGGUAUCACUUACUAGGAGGUGUUGUUCAUGAGCAGAAAGCUCCACGAGCAUGAUGACAUCCCGAGCAAUAGCAGUCCGCGUUUUUUGGGGGGUUGUUGGUUUUGGUGGAGACGCCUCCCCUCUCAGCCUUCCUGUUCAAAAUCUGAUGGGGACGACUGAAUUAUUCAGCACACGCAGGCACUCAGUUUAAGUUAUUGCCUGUGUCUUCAGUUCACUCUCCCACCCAGCCUCUUUCAUAACGUGUGCCCUAAUUUAGAACAAUAGUUUCUCCUGGAGCACCUUCCUCCUGUUGCAACACCUUUGCGAGACACAUUUUCCGCAAGUGUUCAUGGCUGUUUAUUGUCCCCCAAGAAAGUGUGGCUGGUUUCAUGUUGGUAACCUGUUUAAAGUGGUACCUGUUAAUGAUAAUCAGUAAUCGUUAAUCACGCUGUAGCCAUGGAUGCAUUAUAGGUCCGUAUGUUAGUUUGAUUUUCCUAUUUAAGUGUUAGACUACUAUUCUUUCUCUGAGCUUUUUUUUUUUUUUUAGGAUGAUAAGGUACUGCACUUUAUGGGAAAUCAGUACAGCAAUCAGAAUGAAAGGCUUUUGCUUGUCACCGUGUCCUUAAUGGUUACCAAGAUGUAGUAUUUUAGCCCUGCACCAUGCUCUGACUCAGAAAGAAUUCAGAAACUGCUCUGGGUAAUACUGUAAAUGCCAAUCACCAACAAUCACAUCUUUUAAGAAUCUGUUAGAAAGCUCUGUUUACUUGACUAGACAUCAUCAUCUCUUUAAGUGCUUGGUUAGUAUGAAGAUCAUCUCCCUGUAGAGCUUGUUUCAGGGCUGUACUUAAAUGUGUAGCUGUGCCCUGUUGGUACUUCAAACUGUAUAGAUGAGCUAAGACUGUCAUAGUGAUAUUGGUACAUUUAAGGUGGUACCAUUAAUCUCAGUCUGAACACCUGGGAACAUGUAGCAAAGGUUCACCUUAAAACCCUAAGGCCUAAUAGAAUGAAAACCAUGUAAAUAGCAUACAGUGUAGGUAAUUCAACUCACCACAGUUUUAUGUGGGACUGCGAAGUCGACAUAUACGGUAAACUAAAGAAAGAACUGUGUGGAGCUUCAUACUGCUUCGUUCUACUCUUCUUUCCAAGUGUGCAGGCACAACUUGUGGGCAAAAUAUGCCAAAGCUUUUCUACCAUUUGCAUAACCAUUUCUAAGGAACUUUAAAUGUGUGCUUGUAUGUCUCUUUUUUCCCAGUAUAACAUGAAGUCAAUGUUCCUUCUGCAAGUGAAAAUACUAUAAUUUAUACAAUCAUAUUGUGAUUAUGUAUAAAGUACAGUAUCUAUUUCAGGUAAGAGGGGGGCCUUAAAGUAAUAGUUAUACAUUUGGGGAAAUACGCCUAUUGGCUAUCUUUACAAGAAGACUGAUGCCACUCUGAUGUCUGCACGUUAAGUACGAACCUGAGAGGCAAUUAGCGUAGCUUAGCAUAAAGACUUGAAGCAGGAAAAAGCAGCCAGCCUGGCUCUGUCCAAAAAAAUCCCUGUUCUAGUUCAAAAAUCCACUUACCAGGACACACUAAAGCUCACUAUUAUCAUGUUAAUCCAUACACACACAGUAAUGUUAAAAAUGACCCAUUUCAGAUUCAUUUGAGGUGCAAGUUGCAUGCUCUAUUAGGCGAACAAUAGCUGUGAUGCAGUGAAUUUCCAGAAAUGCUGCACAGAAGUCCUGGAUGGAUGGCAAAUGUAGUGUGCUCUAAAACCACAAAUUAUACAUUUUGUGUACAGAUUUAAAAUAAGAUACAUUGUCUCUUGUCUUUAUGUGUGAGCUUUAGAGGUGUUGUAGGUGGAUACUAAACUUUGAAGAGAGCCAGGCAGUUUCAGGAGACUCUCGAGGGAGUGCAAGGCGCUGGUCACAUGAAACACAGAUGCAGCCGAAGUUAAAUUUACAGAGAGUUCUUAGUAGCUGGGUUACAGGUAGUGUGAAUCCUUGUAUUGUGUAAAAAACUACAGUUAAGAGUGCCUUCAGUAGCCUAAGUUACCUUGUGACUUCUGUAUUCCUGUUCUGGUGUCUUAAAUAUGAGGGGUGCCCAGUAAAAGACUGGCCAAAAAAACUUAUAUUAAAAAAGCAGAGCUUUAAUAUAUUCUUAUUUAAAUAAAAUGACAACAGACUUUUAAAUAAUCAUUUUACAGCAGCAUAGUGUCACCAUUAUACAUUUUUAAUAAAAACUCAUGAUAUAGCAUUAACAAAUACACAGCAAAUUGUGAUCUACAUUGUGAUCGUAGCUACAUUGUAGCAUUGUAGCCUAAUAAUAAUUUAACAAUAAAGGCAUGGGCUUGUUCACUGUCCUGCGGUAGUUUGAUAAUGGAGGGAUCAUCUCAGUUUGGUCUCUCUACGUUCAGUUGACAGACCAGUAUGUAGCUUGGUACAGGGAGGGGUGGUGGUGAGGAAGUUCACCUCAACCAAGAGGAGAAAUGUGUAUGUGUAUAUUCCAAAGUUUUCUUAGUAACAUGUUGUGUGUUCUUAGCUGGCUUGCUAAUGUUAGCCAAAUUCACAUUCAGGAAUCACCAGUCCUGCGGGCAGACACCGGGGCUAACAUUAAGUUAGCAGCUAACUAUCAGUUUUGAGUCGUUUGAAGGCACCUUUAAAUUUACCUUGGCUAAGUAACGAGUAAUGUCACUAAUUAGUUUUUCUGUAAAUUAAUUUUCUUAGCAGUGGUAGUAAUAGUUCCGACGGACAAUGGAUCAGCAGAUUAGCUUGCUAGCAAACGUGCUAGCUUGGCUUCCUCUGUCGGCCAUGUGGCCCCUGGUCUUGUAGUUUGAAGUGGUUGCUCUGCUUCCAGUCUUUAUGCUAAGCUAGGCUAACUGCCUCCUAGCCACAGCUUCAUACUUAAUGCACAGAACAUGAGAGUGGUCGCCAUCUUCUCAUGUCACUCUCAGAAAGAAAGCAAAUAAGCGUAUUUCCCAAAAUGUUGAAGAAUUUCUUUAAACACUAGACAUUAUGAUUAGAUUAAGAAGCUUCUUUAAAGGGAUAUAAAGUGGCAUCUUCCAAGUCUGCCAAAAUAUAUGAUGAAUUUAAUAGUCUCGAGCCCUGCGCUUAUUUUGCAUGUACCCUUACAAUUAUAAGCCGGUUUUUGCCAAAGCCUGGAGCUUGAGCCCUACUGGCUGAUUUGUGCAUGCACAAGCUUUUGGUAAUAGCUCACCUGAUUAUAGACACAGUCCAAAUCAGAGUAUAACUGGCCUGCGUGACUGUUUCUGGACAGUGAGUUUUGUGAACUUUAAACUGUACAAAAUCGUAUAAUCCCAGUGUUAUAUGGACGGCAUGAUAUUUUUAGAUGAUAUGCAGUACCUUUUGGCAUCCUGUAGGUUGUCUUAAUGCUUUGUUCAAGUAUACAGGCUCGUACCUUUGCUGGAUGAGUGGAAUGAGGUCAGCAGUUAUGUAGUGAUGCUCCGUUGUGGGUUAAGUGUUGCGUUAUUGACUGUGCAGCAAAGGAAGUUUAUUUGGAACUGGGGCAGGUUUUUACUUUACCCCAACACAGAAUUUGCUGCAUUAUUAAAACACUGAAUGUUUCAUUUGUGGAAAAAGAAAGCUCAGUUAUUUCUAAGACUCAUUAAAUCAGUCGACACACCAUCAGAAUCAACAUAGACCUGAAGUGGAUGUGUAAUUAUACAGUAAGUUAAUCAUUUGUAAAUGGAUAACUGAUUUUGACAGUCCAUUUAAGUGUACUGUAGCCUUUCUCUAAGUUGCAUUACUAAUCUCCAGUUUUGGCAUUUGUUCCUUGAUAUCAGUGAUCAUUUCUAAUUGGACCGUGCUUGCAAACCUUCCUGACAUGUUUCUUCAUGUGUUAAUGUUCUGGAUGCUGUUAGGUGUUUAAAAAAAAAAGGCAUUGUGCUAGUGUAUGACCAGCAACAGCAUGUCUCCUAUUCAGCCGUUUUGUGAUGGAUGCUCUCGAGGCGUAUCAUACUGUAGAUGUCUUAACUCUGUGGAUACAGUUUGAAUCUCAGUGCCCUGUUGAGAAAAAGAAAUCGAUACGAAUAAAAUGUGAUUUUUGCCACUCUUUUCCUCCUCUUGAUCCUAUUUUGCAUAAUGUUCUUGUGCUGCAGGAAUUUUUGACGGAGAAUCAGUGAAAAGCCUUGUUUCUGUACCAACUGAAACUGCUCCGUUUGUUUGAAAAAAAAAAAUGCUGCUUUAACUGCUUUGAUAAAGAAAUAAAUCUCCUUCCAGUAA